AUGCCUUCCAACACAAUAAGUCCAGAGCAGAUUUUCUCAGAUGAUUCUAGCUUCUAUGGUGAUGAUGACGAACGAGGUCGCCUGGAAGAGCUAGCAGCCUCCUAUGACCCAGAGCCAUUCUGGGCUGAAAUUCAUCCCAGAACGUUGUCUCAUGUACAGCACACGCUUCGUACUCCUUCUCUCACGGUUAAACAGGAACCAGAGUGGGUUUCGAAACUGGAAGACGAGGCGGCCCCGUCUACUAUCCUCCCGAAAUCCAAGCGCGGCCCAAAAGAAUCCAUCAACGGAUUUCUAAACCGAUUACCCCCGUCAAAGAUAGCCACUUCGGUCGUGGGCCCAUGGAUCUGGAUGACCAAACCGCAAUCUCAAUUUAGCGAAGGGGAUAUUGCGGCCUUCUUAAGAAAAGGCACCGACCUGCUCCACAAUUACGAAGAGGAGAGUGCGAACCUACGCUCUGCACAUGAGAAAUCAGGGGCCAAAACAACGGCUGCACUGACACGCAAGUUGAACCCGAAGCGUAGAGCCCUUGAGCAGAGCAUCCUCGCUGCCGCGCGGGAAACCGGCGUGACGUCAGGCAAAUGGAUGCUUUUCCCAACGGUCGACCUCGUGGACGAAACGUGGAGGUCUGUUGUCAUUGCCUUGGACCGAGGUGACCUGGGAGAAGUAGCCAAAGUAGCUGCAGACGAUGGAGCUGGACAAGCGCGGCUGAUCUGUGUCUAUACGGAAGACUUUUCAGAUACUGAAGACGUGAAGCGCGUACUCAGGGCGCUGGUUCAGGAAGGACUCGUGAAUGAAGAAGGAAGGCCCAUUUACUACAAAUGCGAUGCCUACACGCAUCUGGAUAUAAAAUCCGAUAACGAUUACGGCUUGAAAGCGAGUAUGUUUUCGAGUCGAGAUGUCCUUAACGGAAAGGUAUGA